AGUCGCCAUUCAUCUUGACCGUUCCCCAUUCCUUCCCCUUUAUAUGUCUACCUUGAUUUCUCGUCUUGCCUUUCUACAUGGACACUAUCUCUGUGUCUCUACUCUAAUCUCUCUACUAAUCCCCUCCCCUCCAAGCUCCAAUCGAAACCCUUUAAUCUCAUCACUCUUCCAACCCUAAAUAACCCCAGAGACUGCAGAUCUUAUCCUCUUCAGCUAUUCGGUUCUCACCAAACCCUAAAAUCUCCUUAGGGAUCCGGAAUCAUGGCGGGGAGCAAGAAGGGGCCGCUGAUGACCAGCAACAAUGCGAAUCUCGCCGCGGAUCCGUCGGUCAACGGCCCGCAGAAGACCAUCGAGGAAAUGUAUCAGAAGAAGACGCAAUUGGAGCACAUCCUCCUCCGGCCGGACACCUACAUCGGGUCAAUCGAGAAGCACACCCAGACUCUCUGGGUCUAUGAGGACGGACGCAUGGUGAAUCGCUCUGUCUCUUACGUGCCUGGGCUGUACAAGAUCUUCGAUGAGAUCUUGGUUAAUGCGGCGGAUAACAAGCAAAGGGAUCCCAAGAUGAACUCCUUGAAGGUCGCGAUUGACGUGGAGAAUAACCUUGUCAGCGUUUACAACAAUGGGGACGGUGUUCCCGUAGAGGUUCACAAAGAGGAAGGUGUGUAUGUGCCGGAGCUGAUUUUUGGCCACUUGUUGACUAGCAGCAACUACGAUGACACGGAGAAGAAGACGACUGGUGGGAGAAAUGGAUAUGGAGCUAAGCUAACAAAUAUAUUCUCCACCGAGUUCGUUAUUGAGACAGCCGAUGGGAAGAGGCUGAAGAAGUAUAAGCAGGUUUUCUCUGACAACAUGGGCACGAAAUCGGAGCCUGAAAUAACCAAGUGCAAGGCAGGCGAAAAUUGGACAAAGGUUUCAUUCAAGCCGGAUUUAGCCAAGUUUAACAUGAGCCAUCUCGAAGAUGACGUGGUUGCACUGAUGAUGAAAAGGGUAGUUGAUAUGGCUGGCUGCCUGGGAAAAGGCGUGAAGGUUGAGUUAAAUGACAGCCUAAUUCCGGUGAAGUCAUUUCAGGACUACGUCAAUCUCUAUCUUGAUUCUGUCUCUGAAUCUGGAACACGUCGUCAAUGCUUCUAUGAGAAGAGUGGAGACAGGUGGGAGUUUUGUGUCAGCAUUACCGAGGGGCAAUUUCAGCAGGUCAGCUUCGUCAAUUCUAUUGCCACAAUCAAGGGCGGUACCCAUGUUGAUUGUGUCACUAAUCAGAUCACAGGAUAUGUGACCGAAGUUGUAAAUAAGAAGCACAAGAAUGCUAACGUUAAAGCCCAUAAUGUGAAGAACUAUCUAUGGGUCUUCGUGAAUGCUCUCAUUGACAAUCCUGCCUUUGACUCUCAAACUAAGGAAACUCUAACGUUGCGCCAGAGCAGUUUCGGGUCUACUUGUUUGGUUUCUGAAGACCUUUUAAAGAAGGUGGUGAAGUCUGAGAUUGUGGAGAAUCUCCUCAGCUGGGCGCAGUUUAAGCAGCAAAAAGAGCUGAAGAAAACUGACGGAGCUAAAACAUCUCGGAUCAAUGUUCCAAAGCUAGAAGAUGCUAAUGAGGCUGGUGGGAAGAACUCCCAUAAGUGUACACUAAUCUUGACAGAAGGAGAUUCAGCAAAGGGCUUGGCCGUUGCUGGACUCUCUAUAGUGGGUCGGGACUACUACGGUGUGUUUCCAUUACGGGGCAAGUUGCUCAAUGUGCGGGAAGCCACCGUUAAACAGCUGAAUGAAAACAAGGAAAUUCAGCACCUAAAGAAGAUACUGGGGUUGAGACAGGAUAAACAAUAUGAGGAUGUCAAGUCGUUGAGAUACGGUCAUAUGAUGAUUAUGACAGAUCAGGAUCAUGAUGGUUCUCAUAUUAAAGGCUUGCUGAUCAACUUCAUACAUUCUUUCUGGCCGUCAUUGCUUAGAGUUCCUUCCUUCAUGGUUGAGUUUAUAACUCCCAUUGUGAAGGCAACUAGCAAAAGAGGCCAGGUUUUGUGCUUCUAUACGAUGCCUGAGUACAAGUCCUGGGCUGAGAACCUUGGAGCUGCAAAAAGCAGCUGGAGCAUUAAGUAUUAUAAGGGGCUGGGGACCAGUACGGAUAAGGAAGGAAAGGAGUACUUCAGUGAUCUUGGUAAGCACAAGAAGGAUUUUAGGUGGGUGGAUGACGAUGAUGGAAAUGCUAUAGAGCUUGCGUUCAGCAAGAAGAAGAUUGAAGCCAGGAAAGACUGGAUUAGGCAAUAUGAGCCUGGAACUCACCUUGAUCAGACAGCCCAGCUCAUAAAGUACAGUGAUUUCAUUAACAAAGAGCUUAUUUUGUUUUCUGUUGCCGAUCUUCAAAGGUCUAUCCCUUCAAUGGUUGAUGGCCUGAAGCCAGGGCAAAGGAAGAUCCUUUAUGCUGCUUUCAAGAAGAAUCUUGUCAAAGAAUUAAAGCUUUCACAGUUUAUUGGUUACGUAUCUGAGCAAAGCGCUUACCAUCAUGGGGAGCAAAGUCUCUGCAGUACGAUUGUUGGAAUGGCACAGAAUUUUGUUGGCAGCAACAACAUCAACCUAUUCGUACCAGCAGGAAAUUUUGGUACUCGAGCCAAUGGUGGGAAGAAUGCUGCAAGUGCAAGGUACAUCCAUACUUGCCUUUCAAUUAUAACAAGGUUCCUUUUCCCCAAGGACGACGAUUGCAUUCUCGACUACCUGGAAGACGAUGGACAAUCCAUUGAACCAACAUGGUACAUGCCGAUAUUGCCUAUGGUUCUGGUGAACGGAAGUGAAGGAAUUGGCACUGGGUGGAGCACCUUCAUCCCUAAUUAUAAUCCCAGAGAUAUCGUGGCCAAUAUAAGGAGGUUGUUGAAUGAUGAAAUGAUGGAGCCCAUGGAGCCUUGGUACAAAGGAUUCAGAGGCACAAUUGUAAGAGGUUCAGCAAAGGAUAAUGGGGUCAGCUACACAUCUAAUGGAGUCGUUGAAGAGAUUGAUGAAACAACGGUCAGAGUAACAGAGUUGCCAAUCCGUACCUGGACCGAGAAUUUCAGGGAGUUUCUGAAAUCAGUCACAGAAGGGCUUAAAGAUGAGAACGGAAACCUUCCCAAGGAACCGCUGAUAAAGGGAUUCAAGGAGCAGGGCGAUGACUAUGCAUUUGAGUUUGACAUUACACUUUCCGAAGAGAAGAUGCAACUUGCCAGGAAUGAGGGUUUGCUGAAGAAAUUUAAAUUGACAAGCUCUAUAAAUACGAGUAACAUGCACCUUUUCGACCCCGCAGGCAAAAUCAAGAAAUACGAUAAUCCUGAACAAGUGAUUGAGGAAUUCUUCCACUUGAGACUUGAUUACUACGACAAGAGGAAGAAAGCAAAGUUGGCAGCUCUUGAGAUGGAGUUACUGCGACUGGAAAAUAAGGUCAGGUUUAUUCUGGCAGUGGUGAGUGGUGAGAUCGUAGUGAACAAUAGGAAGAAAGCUGGGCUGAUAGCAGAGCUGCACCAGAAAGGUUUCACUCCAAUGCCUGUGAAGUCUAAAUCAGCUGCGGCUUCAGAGACAAGUGAAGAAAAUGAGGAAAAUGACGACACUGAUCCUGUGAAUGCUUCUGGAAUCCGAGCAAGUGAUUAUGACUACUUAUUGUCAAUGGCUAUUGCAACCUUGACAUAUGAGAAGGUACAGAAGCUACUUGAAGACAGAGACAAACUCAAAGGCGAAGUUGAUAUGCUGCGAAAGAUGUCAGUGAAGGACUUGUGGAUACAUGACCUAGAUGCUUUUGACAAGCAACUCAACGAGCUCGAGGCACAAGAAGAUAUGGACAGAAAGCUAAGACCUCGGGCGAAACAGACCCGUGUUGUUGCCCCAAAAGUCGGGGCAAGGAAGAUAGUAAAGAACAACCCAAAGCCUAAGAGUGUGGAAGAAGAUCUGGAAAGGCUGAAACUGUCGAGUUCCGCAAUGGAUACAAGUAAGCAGCCAGAUGAAUCUGUUCCGGUCGUGAAACCAAAAGCAAAGGCAGCCACAAAGAAAGCUCCUGCUAAGAAGGGAAAACAACCAGCAGCAGAUGACAGUGACGAGGAUGAUGUAGAGUCGUUAAAGGAUCGCUUGAAAGCUUACAGGCUUGAUUCCUCCCCAGAAAACUCUUCGGCCAUGGACGCUGAUGUACCGGCAGCAACAGAGAAAGAGCCCAAGAAAAGAGGCGGAGCUAGGAAGGUUGCUGUGGCGGACAAGGUGGUAGACCUGGAUGAUGACUCUGAUGAACAGGUGGUGGCAGUUGCACCAGCCAAGAAAGGAGGAAGGAAGCCUGCAGCAGCUGCAAAUGCAAAAGCAACCAAAGCGCCCGCAAAGAAGAGAGGUCCUGCGGGAAAGCAGGCCCAACAGAAGCUUCUGCCUGACAUGUUCAAGCCUGCGGAGGGUGAAGGAAUAUCGCCAGAGAAGAAGGUGAGGAAGAUGAGGGAAUCGCCUUUCAACAAGAAGAGUGGUUCCGUGUUGGGCAAGGCUGUUGCUAAUGAAGCUUCGCUGAGUGCAAUUGACGAAAUUUCACCGGCUUCUGCAUCAUCAGAGGCUGCUGCUGAAAAUGUUCAGCCGGCGGCAAGAGCUCGGCCGCAGAGAGGCAACCGCCGUCAGGCGGCGUACGUGGUGAGCGAUUCUGAGAGUGACGAGGAACCAGCUACAGAGGAGGAUUACGACUUCGACAGUGAGUUCGACGGAAGUGAUGCCUAAGAGAAGAUUGUUUGGUCCCGAACUGGGUAGGAAACACAACACUCGUUUCCUUGUUGUAUUCAGUAUUCAGUAUUCAGUAUUCACACAGUUGUAGUAGUAGUUCCCUGUGCUAGAUAUUUUCAACAGAGAACAGAUGCGUUGACAAAACUCGUCUGUGCGAAAAAAAAGUGGACUUCAACUGCUACGAGUUCUCUCCCCCAAUGCGUAAACCAUUCGUUCUAGUUACCUCCCAUUAUGUUGUAGUUGUUAAGAUAAGGCAUGUGGAGGGAAACGAAGUUCACGAUUAGAUCCUUUUGGUUAUACUAGAUAUGAUGGCUGCGUUUAGCGUAAACCGAGUAAUGUGAAAGGUUACAUGUGAUUGUAAGAGAGGAUAAGCUAACAUGUAAAGUACACUAACCCAAAAUAUUACUGACCUAGCUC